UUCUUCUGAGGAGCCGAGAAUUCCUAGCAAGGUCGCCUCGGUCGGUAUUUAGCUUUGUAUUGAGUUCCACAGACAAACCCUGCCUGGAAGCUAUGCAUUUCACUGGGCUUGGCAAAGACGCCCAGGACCACGAGGAGACGGCGGUCUUAGGAGCCUUUGCAUUUGGACUGACCCCUUCCCACCCAGUUUGUUUUCUGGUGCUCAGCAUGUUUUGGUACAAAUAAAAGGUUUCUUGACUUUGUGAGGAGGCUUAUGUGAGUGGAAAAUCCCUCCACCUGGUUUCUGCUCCUGCAGCUUUGCACAAGCCAGAGCAGUGCAUGCACAGACCAGGGUCACCAGCAUCUCAGGAAUUUUGCCUGGUUUCCUUCUUUCUAGAAGAUCUGAGUCUCUUCUGCUCUCUGCUAUGGCUGAUAAUAACUUAUGAACCUUCACUUUUUGGUAGGUGUGAGCCUAACAAGCAGUAUUUUGCAGAGCUUAAGCCAGUCUGUGAGAGCUCUUCUUUUUUAGUAAGGUCUCAGGAAUAAACAGUAUCUCAUAGUAAACAGGCUUGCCCAGUGCUGUGGAUGGCCCUGACUGUCCUGACUGCCCUUCCCAAUAAGAUGUCACUGAGGUCCCUCAAAUGGAGCCUCCUGCUGCUGUCACUGCUGAGUUUCCUGGUAAUGUGGUACCUCAGCCUUCCCCACUACAAUGUGAUCGAGCGUGUGAACUGGAUGUACUUUUAUGAAUAUGAGCCAGCUUACAGACAAGACUUUCGCUUCACACUCCAAGGGCAUCCAAACUGCUCUAACCAGAAUCCCUUUCUGGUCAUCCUGGUGACCUCACACCCCUCAGAUGUGAAAGCCAGACAAGCUGUGAGAGUUACCUGGGGUGAAAAAAAAUCUUGGUGGGGCUAUGAAGUUCUUACAUUUUUCUUAUUAGGCCAAGAGGCCAAAGGGGAAGAGAAAAUAUUAACAUUGUCCUUAGAGGAUGAACACCUUCUUUAUGGUGACAUAAUACGACAAGACUUUUUAGACACAUAUAAUAACCUGACCUUGAAAACCAUUAUGGCAUUCAGGUGGGUGACUGAAUUCUGCCCCAAUGCCAAGUAUGUCAUGAAGACAGACACUGAUGUGUUUGUUAACACUGGCAAUUUAGUGAAGUAUCUUUUAAACUUAAACCACUCAGAGAAGUUUUUCACAGGUUACCCUCUAAUUGAUAAUUAUUCCUAUAGAGGAUUUUACCAGAAAAACCAUAUUUCAUACCAGGAGUAUCCUUUCAAGGUGUUCCCUCCCUACUGCAGUGGGUUGGGUUAUAUAAUGUCCAGAGAUUUAGUGCCGAAGAUCUAUGAAAUAAUGAGUCAUGUGAAACCCAUUAAGUUUGAAGAUGUUUAUGUUGGGAUCUGCUUGAAUUUGUUAAAAGUGGACAUUCACAUUCCAGAAGACACAAACCUUUUCUUUCUAUAUAGAAUCCACCUGGAUGUUUGUCAGCUCAGACGUGUGAUUGCAGCUCAUGGCUUUUCUUCCAGGGAAAUCAUCACAUUCUGGCAAGUUAUGCUAAGGAACACCACAUGCCAUUAUUAACCCACAAUCUACCAGAAGCUAGGGAAGAAAGGGUGAUUUGCAGACAAGGUUAAAGUCGGAUUUCGGGUGAAACUAACUCAUGGGAAGGUCAGUGCUGGCUUGCCUGGAACUAAACCUAAAGCAGCUCCCCUGGACUGAAGGCCAGAGGUUUCCCUAGUGAUUUAUUUUGACAGAAUUCAACUCAGGUCCUUUAAAGAUCAUAGUCAGAGAAGUUAAACAUCCUAUAAAAGGAUUUUGCUAAUAAAAUCAAGGGACCAGAGAAUUCGACAAUCUAUUCUUAAACACUAGAAUUUCUUAGGGUUUCCCUGAAAGGUCAGCUCAUCAGUCCACAUCAAGGAAGCAUUGUGGAGUUUUAUUUAUUGGACAUCUAGUCACAUAAGGGGUCAUUGUGUACCUUAUACUUGUCACCAGUUUUAAAACGUCAUAUAUAUUGUUCUGUGAAACAACUUCACCAAAAUUAUACUGAACAAAAGUUUGUUUGUUUGUGGUCCUUCAGAAGAUGCUUCAAGGUGUGGUAUUUCAGAGUUACCAAGUGUUAUUUAAUGUUAUUUCAAACUCUCUGAGUGUUUAAUGUUAUGAUGGUUUCAAUUCUGUAUAAACAAAAUAGUAAUUUUUUAUAUUUAGCUUUGUUCUACUUACUUCACUGGUAAGUUUAUUAUUGAAAUUUCCACUAAUGUGACAUUGUAGUUCGUUAUUAAGCAGUAAUGUGUUGAACUUUGUUGCAUAUUACCAAUGUGGUAACAUGGAGAAUUAAAACAAAAAAUCUGAGUUACUAUCCUUUUUUCAAAAAUAUAGUUCCUAGUGGUUUUAGAUGUCA